CCGACGAGGCGAGUCAUGAUCAUUCGCGCCAUGAUGCCGAGACCAAGCGAGCUUUCGCUGCUCCCGUUAAUUGUGCCAGAAUAAUCGUCUUUGAUAAUCAUCGUCUUUACAACUAUAUUUUUUAAGAAACGCGAGUGACCGAUUUUUUUUUGUGUUUUGCUUAUAGAAAAGUAAAAGAAAAAAUAAAAAUAAAAGUAACAAAGUUUAAGCAGGAGAUAUGCGGGUGCUCUAAGGAGCAUCCGUUCGUUAUCACCAAUAGUGCGAAGAAAGAAGAGCGAUCGCUCGGUGGACCAUACGUUAUACGACGCAAAGUCAUGGCGCGACGUAGCGAGGAUCGGCUACUUCGCUGCGCCGUCCUCUCGGCGAUCGGAGCUCUGCUGAUGCUGCUUGGGAUCACUGGAUGCUCGGCGGCGCCCACUUCGCACUCGCCGUCCGUGCCAUCGGCCGAUCAGUGUGACUGGACUGGCAGCGGCGGCAGCGGCAAGGGCGUGCGUCCAGUCUACCUGCGCUGCUCCCGAGGUGGCGUGUCCUGGCGCUACCCCAAGGGCGCCCUCCGGGUCGUCCUAUCGAACGGCGGCGGCAGCCACGACCGCAUAUUCCGCGGCUGCGUGAAAGCCUCGGGCCCGGCGCGCGUCUACCUCGAGAGCAAGAACAGCUUGAAACUCCUGUACGCCCCGGGCGACGGUAAACACGAGGCCCUGCACCGGUGCUUCGGCUCGCGGGCCGGCAUGGCCGCCCUGUACGUCGAGGCCGACGGCGGGCUGCUCCGCCACGAGUCGGGCCCCGAGGGCCAGCACCUCAAGGUCAGGCUGCACUACGACCUCGAGCCGGCGCGGUUCUUCGGGGCCGAGGAGGACGGGGGCUCCAGGAGGAGGUCGGCGAGGGUCACGGCGGACGAGCCGGAGCAGGUGGAGUGCAGGCCGUGCAGCAAGGAGGAGCUCGCCGAGGCGUACUGCCAGAGCGACCUCGUCGCCAGGGGCACGGUCAGCGCGGUGGAGCGCAGGCCCGAGAUCGAGAGCUCGGAGCUGAGGCUCAGGAUUACCAAGACGCUGAGGCGCGUCGAUGAAAACGAGGAGAACGAAGUGGACUCUGGCGAUCCUCGGCUGGCGAAGGAGGUGAGAAUCAGAGUACCGAUGGCCUGCGACGCGCGCCACGGGCCCGGCGAAUUUGUGAUAAUGGCCAAGAAGCGGCUCGGCGACCUGGCCCUCUCCUGCGCCCCGAGACUCGAGGAAUGGGCCGAGGCUGUGCGCGACAUGGAAAGCGCGCCCUGCGUCCUCAAAAGCUAGGGCUUCCCUCGAUCGCGACGAUUCUGUAAUAAUACCAUGUAACUAGU